AUGAACCCCCUCCGCUGGCUCACCUCCUUCUUCCGCAACCAACAGCAAAACCCGCCAGCACCCACGGAAUCGUUCUACGGCCUCGACCAUGCCCUCCUCAACAUCACCCUCCCGCCGCCAUCCAUGUGGAUGAAUCUCGGAUAUUGGAAAGACACAACCUCCUUCCCAACCGCCUGCGCCGCCCUCCUCGACCAAGUCCUCAUAACGGCAGGCCUCCUCUCCCCGGAUGGCGGGCCGCUGUCGCAUCCGAACACCAAGACGUUGCGCAUGCUUGAUGUUGGGAUUGGGUGUGGGGAUCAGUCGGUUAGGAUUUUGGGGUAUACGCGGAGGACGGACGAUAAGAAGGAUAAUGGAGAUGUUGAUGUCGGCGGGGAUGGGCUGCGCCCGCUCUUCGACGAGUAUGUUGGGAUUACGUCUUUGCCUGUUCAGGCGAGGUUUGCGGGGGAGAGGGUGAGGAGGGUGCAGGAGGAGCAAUUCGAAUCAGAGGAGAAGGGAAUGAGGAAGGAUAGCUCGCCUACAGCUACGACCAAGACCUACAGAAGAGCACGGAUCUUCUGCGCCGACGCCGCGAAGCCGGAGUCAUGGAGCCAGGAGAUACACACCUCCCUCGAGAGUUAUACUCGAGCCUCCACGAAACCAGAAGAGAACGCAUCGCUAAGUCAAGACACCGGCGAGAAACAAGAAGAGGACCCCCGAAAACAAGCCGGCGGAGCAAACGACAGGGAAGAAGAAAAAACCUACCUCCUAGCCCUAGACACCCUCUACCACUUCACCCCCUCGCGCCUCCCCCUCCUCCGCUACGCAAACCAAACCCUGCACGCAAACCUAAUGGCCUUCGACCUCCUCCUCCCUUCGCGACCCCUCCCACUGCUAACCCGCCUCCUCCUCCGCCUCCUCUGCCUCUUCACCAGCACACCCUACUCAAACUUCCUCACGGAAUCCGAGUACCGAUCCCUCCUACUCGAAGCAGGGUACGACGGAUCGAAGAUCGAGUUCCGCGAUAUCUCGGAGCACGUAUUUCCCGGGGUCGCGGCGUUUAUGAGACGGCGCGUGGAGGAGGCGAGGAUGUUUGGGAUUAAGGGGGUGGGCAAAUAUAAAGGUGCAGGUGUGGUGUUUCGGUGGUGGGCGACGGGGGUAGUUAGGGGUGUUGUUGUUGUUGCGAGAGUUUGA